UCCUCUUGUAAAGCAACAUGAUUCAACAAGACAAUAUUUUAUACAAGCAUUGGGAGAGAUCGUUUAAAAUGACGGUUUAUAGAAAUUGACCGAACCAGAUAAAGAUUGCUAUAUACUUCAGACCGGGCGGAUCCAUUUUAAAAUCUCUAGUUUUUUUCUCUUGAUUUCCAUCCGUUUCUUGUUCUCUAUAUAAACAGUUAUUUAGAACGAAAGGUAGUUACAGUAUAUAACCUGCAAACAUGUCAGAGAGUGGCAGCGGAAGCGGCGGCACAACGGCGGAAAUUGUGAGAGAUGAACCGUCAUCGUCGUGGAGACUGAAUGUGAAAGAGUUUAAGUUGCCACGUCACCACCAUAAUCAUCACCAUCGUGAUGAUGAUCAUGAUCAUGAUCAUCAACACCGUCCACGUUCCUUCACUUUCAGUGGCCUUGUUCGUACACCAAAAAAGCAACGCAAGGUUGCAGAAUACUACAAACAACAGGAAAGGCUCCUUGAAGGAUAUAAUGACAUGGAUACCAUGACUGAAACCGGACUUUUCCCCGGAAGUCUUACCGAGGAUGAAAUGAAGCAAUUAGCAAAAAGUGAAAGACUAGCAGUUAAUUUGUCAAAUGCAGUUAACUUGGUGUUAUUUGCAGCCAAAGUGUAUGCUUCAAUUGAGAGCAGGUCAUUAGCAGUGAUUGCUUCCACUUUGGAUUCUCUCUUGGAUCUCUUGUCCGGCUUCAUAUUGUGGUUCACUGCUAAUGCCAUGAAAACACCAAACCAUUAUCACUACCCAAUUGGAAAGAAAAGAAUGCAACCAGUAGGUAUCAUUGUUUUUGCAUCUGUAAUGGCAACCUUGGGAUUGCAGAUUUUGAUUGAGUCUGGAAGGCAAAUUAUUUCCAAGACAAAGCCUGAAAUGGAUCAUAGUGAGUUGAUGUGGAUGAUCGUGAUCAUGGUAUCUGUGACCAUUGUAAAGUUCAUUUUAAUGGUCUACUGUCGAAGGUUUACAAACGAAAUUGUUAAAGCCUAUGCACAAGAUCAUUGUUUUGAUGUUAUUACUAAUUCAGUUGGAUUAGCUGCUGCUGUGUUGGCUGUCAAGUUCUAUUGGUGGAUUGAUCCAUUGGGAGCUAUUAUUAUAGCACUGUACACAAUUAAUACAUGGGUGAAGACAGUGAUUGAGAAUGUAUCAUCACUCAUUGGAAGGACAGCACCACCUGAUUUUCUAGCAAAGUUGACAUAUCUAAUAUGGAAUCAUCAUGUAGAAGUUAAACACAUAGAUACUGUGAGAGCAUACACUUUUGGUGCUCAUUAUUUUGUUGAAGUAGAUAUUGUGUUGCCAGAAGACAUGCCAUUAAAUCAAGCACACAAUAUUGGUGAGACACUUCAAGAGAAGCUUGAGCAACUUCCUCAAGUUGAAAGAGCGUUUGUGCACAUUGAUUUUGAAUUUACUCACAGGCCUGAACACAAGAUGAUGGUGUAAUGUAAGGAAUGUGGUGAAAUGCUUUGAAUGAACAAGUAACAUGCUGAUUAUCUUUCUUUUUUGUAAACUAUUAUACAUAUAAGACAAGGUAUUGUUGCUUUCUUAUGUUUGUUGUUGCAGGUACCCUGAAUUAGAUUGUAUUCUCAUUGUCACAACUAAAAACUAAAAUGUUACGAACUGAGCUAUUAGCAUCAUGUAUAGCGUAAAUUAAUGAGAAUGUAAAAAGAUUGACUAUA